AAAAGGUCAUACGACAAUGAUAUGUUAUCACUCCACUCAGCUACAUACUCAGAAAAUGGCAAUUUUUUAUCCACAGGGUCUCCUGCUAAUAGUUCUGCUAAUAGUCAUAUCAGAGUGCAGAGGGAUUGAGACUGUGAAUGCUUCUCCAGAAGAAGAUGUAGUUCUCCCUUGUUUUAAUGCAUCUGUCAUGGAUCCAAAGAGCUGCUACAGAGUCAAAUUGAUGAAGUCAGACACAAAUACCAGUCAGGUGAAGGUUAUUCUUGCCAGGCCUAAAAUACACAAUUUGCGGGAUGCUAAGCGUGUAAAAUGGCAAACUGAUGGGAAUGGACAAAUGUCUCUUUAUCUGACAAAAUCACAAAAAUCUGAUGAGGGACUGUACAUAUGUGAAAUCUGGAAAGGCUGGGACUGUGUUUCUGUCAAAACAAUAUCUUUAAAAGUAAAAGACUGUAAAAUCCUUCAAGCAGUAAAGGCAGCACCCAACACGCCUGUUAACCUGACCUGCCCAGUGGACACAACAUCAGGACAAGGACCCCAAAAUAUCUCCUGGGCAAUAGUGAAAGGAGGCAACCCUGUAUCUAUCAUCUCUAAAAGGCUUGUAAUUGACGGGACAUCAUUAGCGAUCCAGUCUGUGGAUUACAAAGACAAUAAUUGGUACAGAUGUAACUAUCUGAUUGGAGAAACUCUGCCCUGCUUUGAAAUUUAUCUUGGGGUCCAAGAGGAAAAUGUUGUCCCCACAACGGAUACAGCACUGACAACCAGUGUGGAGAUGAUUUGGGAAACCAGUGAGGAGGGGCGUAAUGGAGUAGUUAUCGCUGUUGUUGUCGCUUCAAUUGUCAUUGGGACUGUCAUAAUGGCUGCACUGAUAGGACUGUUCAUUUACCGCAGAUGCAACCCCCAGAGAAUAACACAGCAAACCCAGAGGCACCCAGCAGGUACUACUGUAGAUGGUUAUCAGAUUGUGAGUCUCACACCUUCAGAGGACCGUACAAACCAAGACAUCAACAGCUUAUACCAACACAUCGCUGAUGAAGACCUGUGUACUUUCCGGUAUUAGUCAUUUUCAGUCUGCUCAAGACAAAGAAGAUGUUCCAUUAAAGUCUUUACUGUCUAAUAUGCAUUGCCAGCUUACAUUUGUGCAUCAUGUAAUCCAUGUAACAUUUACUCGCCUCUAAAGUAUUUGUCUUGCAAAGAAGAGUAAGUAAGAACAUGGAAAAUGUGUACAGUAGUGCAAACACAUUUCCCUGUGUUUUUAUUAAAAAUAAAAUAUAAAAACACAAUGAAUGUGUAGCAACACACCAAAAGGCAAAAAAAUAUCUUUGAAGUGCUGCAAACAAUAUGUUCAAUCUGUCCGAAAAGGAGCAGGAUGAAUCCAAAGAUUGUUCUUUUUCCCACCCGUCAUUCCACUGUAAAUAGUUCCUGUGUGUGUGUGUGUAUUAAAUAUUUUGUAUAGCAACAAAAAGAAUAUUGACAAAAAACAUCAUUUUAAACACAUACUAAACGUUUUCAAAAAUGUUGCACCCACCCCACUACUAUCAGUAUGCUAACCCACCCUCACAAUAAUCUCUCUUCAUCCUCUUAUCCAUUUAAGAAAGUGUUUUAAACUGUUAACCUGUA